AAAUAUGUUCCCAGAUCACCAGGUAAUUUUUCUCUACAUAUUGGAUCCAUCCAUUGAUUCUGUUAUAAAUACAGCAGCUCAAGUUCUUUCAUUCACAGCGGAAACAUCAUGUCAAAUCUAUUGAAAGCCUCUUCCUUGCUAUCUCCCAUUGCCAAGAGGCUAGAAGGUAAAGUGGCGGUGAUAACCGGCGGAGCCAGCGGCAUUGGCGAGGCGACCGCCAGGCAUUUCGUACGGCAUGGCGCCAAGGUCAUAAUUGCGGAUAUCCAAAACACCGUCGUCAACUCCACCUCCACCGAAUCCGUUUCUUUCGUACACUGCGACGUGAGCAACGAGCGCGACGUGGAACACGCAGUAGACACCGCCAUCGCCAAACACGGCAAACUCGACAUCAUGUUCAGCAAUGCCGGGAUCGGCGGCAAGUUCGAUCGCACAAUCAAAUCCCUCGAUUCCCAAGAUCUCAAGCGAGUCUUCGACGUCAACGUCUUCGAUGCUUUCUACUGUGCAAAACAUGCCGCCAGAGCAAUGAUUCCAAACAAAAAAGGCAGCAUUGUGUUCACAGCGAGCGCGGUUUCUGCGAUUUAUGGAUCGAUUCCUCACCCUUACACGGCGUCGAAGAACGCCGUGGUGGGGCUGGCGAAGAACUUGUGUGUGGAGCUCGGGAAGGAUGGGAUAAGAGUGAAUUGUAUUUCUCCGCACGCUGUGAACACGCCGAUUCUGAGAAAUGGGCUGGGGAUGAAGGAGGAGGAGGUGGAAGAGCUGGUUUGCGAGUCGGCCAACUUGAAAGGAGUGAGAUUGGAAGUAGAAGAUGUGGCCGAGGCUGUGGUGUAUUUGGGGAGCGACGAGUCUAAGUAUGUGAGCGGGGUCAACCUGUUGAUCGACGGUGGUUUCAGCACCACUAAUCCGGCUUUCAUAGAGCUCUUCAACAAGAUGUCAUCCUAAACUAUCAAAAUUAUUAGAUUGGCAUAAUUUUUUUAAUGAUAAUAUUCACCAAAUAUUUUAUAAAAUAAACGACCGUAUUAAUA